CUAACUAAACCAGUGUAUCUAACUCACAGUGUUUCUAACCAGUUGUAUAAAACACCAGUAAUGAAGAGGCGGAAUGUGGAUAGUAGCUCAUCAGAAAGCAACACUCUAGUUAACGAUGCUAACUGUAUAUUCGUGUGUCAAAACGAGCAUGUUCUGAAGAAAUUCAAAGAAAGGUACAUAAACACAGAGCCCACCUCCACUGAUGACGAUACAGCACCUACAGAACCAGUGGAUAGCCCCAUUAGUAAACCUACUAUUUUAGAUCGUUUAAGGAGAGAUAUAUUCCCCAAGAUGGCGCUAGAAAACAGGAUACUGGACAUUUCUUUGGGACUCCUUCUUUUCUACUACUUUUGGUUCUACACCGACAUCCGCAAAUUCUCAGACUCUCUCAUAGAUAAAGCGGUGUUGCUAGCUAACCUUCUUGAUCAUACAAUAUCCUGGCUUGGAGAAGUUCCUGCUGGAUUGAAGCUGAAUAACGAGCUCGUUCAGUUCUUGGGACUAUUCUUCCGUUACCAUAUUCACCUUUUUAAAGGAUAUCUAGAUCUGAUCUCUGGAUACAUGCCUUGUAUCCUCUACACCAUAUCCCUAACCUGUAUCCCGGGAAUCACGUGCUUUCUCUCCUACACCUUAUCUUUCUCCAUCAUACUCCUGCUUCAUGUUCACUGUUUCUACGCGUACGCGUGUAAUUUGUACAGCGCUCAGCUUAAGGCUCUAGUUUCGCUAGGUCGUCUGUUUGCUGGAGUAAAAUACAACCCUCUCCGGUCCAGGGUAGACUCAGUUAAAACACACGGAGAUCAGCUGAUUCUGGGCACCCUCCUCUUCUCCACCCUUCUCUUCCUCUUCCCUACCACACUGCUCUAUUACUGUGUCUUUACACUUGUUAAUCUAGCUCUGGUGCUGGUUCAGAUGUGUAUUGUCACUGCUAUAUCCGUUAUCAGAACCUGUCCUAUCAGAGAUUUGGUUAAAGUUGUGUCACGUGACAGUGACGUUAUGUGUGACGUCAUGAUACAGCCUUUAUCUGGUUGUCAUGGUGACGAGGGUGCGGGUUACCAGGGUAAUGAUGGUUCUGAGAGUGCUGAUGGUUCACCAGGUAACCAUGGUAACGUGUUUAUAGUGACCGCUGUUUAUAAGACGCUGGUUAGCUGUUUGAAACGGACUAGUUUAGGUAAUCAUAAACUCAGUCUGACGAAAGUAAAGAGUAAGUGUUUGAAGGGUGACGUUAUUAAGAUAUCUUUUUAGUUGUCAUGGUGAUAAAUUGUUUAGGUGAUGUCUUUUUAAGUUAAGUUGUCAUGGUGAUAACUUAAUAUAAUAAUAAUGCUUUAGUAUGAUCUCUUUGCUUUACAUUUGAUGUACUAUUUAUUAAGGUAUUCUGACCUUUGAAUUGUUUGUAUAUUAGUUAUACUGAAUAUUAAUAUUGUGUUAUUUCCAGCUUUUCUUAACUAAGUUUAUAUUUUUUAAUUUGUUAUUCUGACUCUAUUCAGAUGGGGAAGAUGUUGUUUAUGUGAGUCAGCUGCUCUUUUUGUUAAGUUAUUGAUGAAUUAAGUUUUAAUGCAUUAAUAUUCCAGAUUAUGUUCAUGAUAUUGAUUUAAAUUUAACUUCUGUAAAAGUUAU